CCGGGUUUAGGAGGAUUAUCGCGGCAGGCUGGUUAGGAAAGGGAGUCGCACCGUCGCCCGCAGCCGUUGCUCCGCUUCCAGAAGCGGCGUCAGGUGGAAGAGGGGGAGCCGUGAUGGCACGUGCUGCAUCAGCGGUGCUAACGGGUAGUUUUCUCGCGGAGGAAAGCACAGGGCAGGCGGUUUGAGCCCGAAGAUUAUGUCCGGAGCUGGUUUUGCUGCUGCUGUGGAGCAAAGUUUGGAAGUAGGGAUACGCUCACAUCAGCGGCGGUAACAUGGCAGAGCGCAGCGGCUGUGAUGUCCUCAGCAUCCCUGUGCCCAUUCGCCGUGGCGGUUCGGAGUCCAACCUGGACGUGGUUGACAGCGUUGGGCACGACGGCGUGGGUCUGGAUUUCACCAAAGGAGCGCUGGGUAUCGACAGCCUGCAGCAGAAGAUCCUCAAGGUGACGGAGCAGAUUAAGGUGGAGCAGACGGCUCGUGACCAGAACGUGGCUGAGUACCUGAAGCUGGUGAACAAUGCUGACAAGCAGCAGGUGUCGCGAAUACGACAGGUGUUUGAGAAGAAGAACCAGAAGUCCGCACAGACGAUCGGUCGGCUUCAGAGAAAGCUGGAGCAGUACCACCGCCGCAUGAAGGACAGCGAGACCAAUGGGAAGCACAACCAAAAAGAUGGCAACAGCAAGGAGUCUGGGACUCACAGCAAGGAGGGCAGCCUGCGGGACAUCAGCACCAGCGGGCGCCACCAGGCGCUGGAUAAAGUAAAGACGAUCGGACCCGGCGUGUCACUCUCACCGCCGUUCUUUUUCAGUAAGCCGCGGGAGUUCGCCAACCUCAUCAGAAACAAGUUUGGCAGCGCCGAUAACAUCGCCCACCUGAAAAGCUCCAUGGAGACGGGGACAGGGCUGCAGGUAGAAGGUGGGGCGAGGGGUCUGAGCGGCAGCGCUACCACAGUAGCCAAGGUGACCAAGUACCCGAGCGAUGACGAGUGUUCUACCGGGACGUCUGCAUCCGCUGACUCCAACGGGAACCCAGCGGGAGGGUCGGGGAUGGGGUCAGGGGGUCCGGGGAGGUCGGACUCCAGUGGGCGUCUGGUGGAGGUGCUGGACAUGGUGCGGGACAUCAGGGAGGCUCAGGUACAGCUGGCAGAGGACAUGGAGACUCUGAACACACAGUUUAAACGAGAUUACAACUACGUCACGCAGGUGUUGCAGGAGGAGAGAUACAGGUAUGAGCGGUUGGAGGACCAGUUAAAUGACCUGACGGAGCUGCACCAGCACGAGACCAGUAACCUGAAGCAGGAGCUGGCCAGCAUCGAGGAGAAGGUGGCCUACCAGGCCUGUGAGAGGGCCAGGGACAUACAGGAGGUGCUGGAGGCGUGCGAGACCCGUGUGUCGAAGCUGGAGCUCCAGCAGCUGCAGCAGCAACAGACCAUUCAGCUGGAAAACACAGACGCCAAAGUGCUGCUGGGCAAGUGCAUCAGCAUCAUGCUCGCCAUCGUCACCGUCAUCCUGAUGUUCGUGUCCACGGUGGCCAAGUUCACAGCCCCGCUGCUACGCAGCCGCCUUCACUUGGUGCUCACCUGUGUGGGCGUGUCUUUGCUAGCGCUGCUGUGGAAGAACUGGGAACAUUUGCAAUGCGCUUUGGAACGAUUGUUCCUCGCGCACUGAGGCCAGUUUGACUAAACCUCGGAUCCGGGUCUGGCAGGGAGGAUUUUACAUGUAGCCUUACGUCAGCCAGCGAUUCUGGGCUCCGCGGUCACUCGAUUUUAAGGAUCCUUGCUUUUCAUGUCUAAAGUGGGUCCUCUGAAAUCUGCACAUGGUUCACAGAGCCUCACCCAGAAUAUGUAAGCUGACAUAAAUGAAACACCUGAACCGAAACUCUCUGAAGGUGCGAACAUGAAAACGUGGCUGCUCUGCCGGAGAUGUGUCAGACCAACAAAAGAUAAAUCGGCUCAGCUGCUUUCAUCUGGUCACCAGGAGACUCUGGUGGCACCAGCAACACACAAAUAAAUAUAUGUCUAAAUAUAAAUGAGUGGGAUUACAUCAGGGUGUGAAAUAACAGUUAUUUUUUUCCUGUCCUUUAAAGGGAAGUGUUUCUGUUAGAGCACCACCUCUCACCUCCAAACAAACUGGCACUCAUGUGUCCAGUGGAUUCGAUUUGAUCGCACACACCAAGCCAGCUGUGACAAACACAAACACACAUCCACCUGAAGGUUGAUUCGUACUGUGCGUCUCUCUCUGCUGUUCUGUAUUUAUGUGAUUUAUGUUUUGUUUUUUUUCCUGCGUCUCCUUCGAAGCAACACUUUAAAGUCUGGGAUUGCACAUUGUUUUAAGCUGUUUUCUAUCAGUGUGUAAUUCUGUGUAUUUGUGUGCAUUGUACGCCUGCUUGUGUGUCUCUGCACCGUGUUUCUUAAAGGAACAGUUAGACGUUUUGGAAAAUGGGCUCGAGGCUGCGUGGUAGAUAUGAACCUAGAGCCAGGAGAUGGUGAGCUUACAGUACAAAGACUGCAGCGCCGAUGAAAAGUGGCGCCCAAACCUGCUUGUAUUGUCCUCCCGUUCCACCGUUUUCUCUCUGUAGCCGUUUUUAUUGUUUAAGUCUGACCUCUGACUUUUAGUCUCACCUAAAAACAACCAGUGUGGGAAUCACAGUAACCUGCCUGCUUCGUUCCCAAUGUGAGUUCCUUUUUUCUUCUCCAGAAGAGUCCCUACUCCACUUUUUUUUUUUUUUUUUUUUGCACUCUUCUGGUGCAGAAAAAAAAAAAUCUCGAGUGGCACGUGUUGAUGUGUGCAAGUCUCGCCACUCAGGAGCCGUCUGGGAAUCGACCCCAGGCAGUUAUUUUAAAGCUAAAUGAAUGUAUUCACCAGUAAAGUUUAACAAUUUUAAAAAGUUUUGUCCAAAAUAAGUUUAAAAUGCUUAUAUUCCUGCAAGUUGUGCAACGUUACAUGUUCAUUAAAGUCUUCAUCCAGUGUUACCCACCAGAGCGGAUUUCAUGCUGCACAUACCUUCAUCUUUGCUUUGACACCCUGCCAUCACAGUGUUCAAACUGCCAUUAGCAUUUACUGUGCAACAAAACGAUUGCCUCAGUACGUUUCCUAUUUCAGCUGUUGAUCGCCUCUUUAAGGUCAGCGGGCAGGACAGCCACCAUCUUUAUUAUGUCGAAAUCGCCCAUAAACAGAGCCACGUCUCCUCCUCAGGGAGUCAUGAUAGUGACUCUGGAAAAAGCAGAUGUCCAUCUGUUCAGAAUGGGAUUAGCGCAGCAUUGUUGUGGUGAUAUAUUUUGCCCUAAUCCUAAAAAUGUAAAGUCUUUCCUAUCUUGCUGUCUGAGGGACGUGUUCUCACUUGUGCUGUCUGCAAAACCAGUAAAAUACGCAAACAUCCACACCAAAACUGGAGCAGACGCAGGGCCAAAAACAAGUCAGUGAAGAAAAACUCGCACACAGCUCCUGCUCUUGGUUAAUGUGUACAAAAACCCAGGGGACUGGUUCCUGCUUGGCCCCCUGAACCCACAGCACGUUGCUGUCAGUGUUUCUUUGUUGGUUAAUGAGCAUUAAAGAUGCUGGUAGCUUCUAAAGUUGGCUAAUAUCUCCAUCUUCUGGCUCUAACUUCACACUGAGUAGAGAAAAAAGUGACUUUUCACAAAAUGUCAAACUAUUGUUUUCACUGAAAGCUACUGAACUGCCUCCUCUCUCAUUAAUUUGGUAUUUAUUCAUGUGGUUUUGUCAUGUUUGUGUGUUCAGGUAACUGUUGCUUCUCAAAGCUUUUUUUUUUUUAAAGCAUCUAACGUUGAGGAAGGAAAUAUUUUACUAACUUCUGGAGGUAGAAGAGAAGCAGAGCCUUUUUCACACAUGCGCUGCAGCCAUGAAAUUUGUAGAGAGGACACUAAUGUCUGAUGGAGUUAGGUGGAGGACUUCCUGCUGUGUGCUGUACCUGUGAAAAAGGUGAUGUCGUCCUGAUUUGAAAUGGUGUAGAGGUCACACGUGAUCACACGUGUGUCUGACUUUAAGGUCCUGAACCAUUGGACUGUCUUUUUGAGAGGUGACCAGAACAAAUUUAAAUGUGUGUGUGAAGCCUUUGAUACCGUGCUGUGUUCAUGUCCAGUGGGAAUAAAAGCAGCCCUCAGAUGCCGCUUUCAUGUCUCACGCUGCCCUGAAUCUUGGACAAUUUGAAAGGUUGCAGAUUGUUCUUUUUUUUUUUUUUUUUUUUAAACUUGGAGUGUAUGUUCAUGCAUUAAAGCAGGAUGUUCCCCAGCAGUGGCAAUACUGCCAUUGUAGCAGCUGUUUUUUCCCACGUGACAUGAAUGCAGCAUCACAGCCUGGACGGAGGGAAUCGAACAAUGUAGCUCCCCGACCCUGUUUCACUGUGAUGAGGGAGGGGGUUUAAAUAGGACUGAUGCCUUUUUAAAUGCAGCUUGUUUCUUCUUCUGUGUGACUCGUUUCUGUUUUUGUCUUUUUUUAAAAAGCCAAAUAUGGAGGUUUUUAUGAAACCUAAGCUCGUUUUUGAUGUUUCUUUGCAAACUGGUUCAAACACUAUAUCUGUCAGGAGAGACUUGCAGCUCCUCUCCAGAGGCUCUGAGUUUAGGUUGGUUGUUUUGUUUUUCUAAUGUCUGUCUCUAAUAUCUGUGCAUUAGUUUCUGGUUAUGGGUUUUUCAAAUAAAUCUUUGUUUUUCUAA